GCGAGUGGUAAUUGUUUCAGCAACGGUUAACGAGACCUAGAAGAGGCAGUGAGGAACAGUUAGGCUUAGAAUUUGCUAGGUAGCGGUUAUUAGGGAAGGUUUGCCAGUGAAUAGUUUGCGUGCGAGUUUCUGUGCGUGAAGACGAACAGUGUUUUGAUAUGUACUUUUUUGUUGUUUAACACUAGCGAAUUAAAUUUAACAAAGCAGAUUGCCAAACAUUUGAAUGAAUUUAUAGAGCCGAAAUUGGAAACAUACACUUAUCUUCGGGCUGCUGGGAGAUAUGGUAAUUCUGCAUACUCCCUCGAUUUCCCCUGGCAUGUCUUGCCGGGCAGGUUACGCAACCAGCGGCGGCGGACAUGGGGAUUGGGAUAUCAACGACAGUGCCGUACCAAGAAUACAUGAGUUUGAUCCAUUUUCCGAAUGGGCAGACGGUCAUUGCAGGCUCGUUUAUAGAGCUGAUAAUGAGGAGGCCAAACGUCAUUCUUCGGGUUGGGCAAUGCGCAAUACAAACAACCACAACGUCCAUAUUCUCAAAAAGAGCUGCUUGGGGGUGCUUGUUUGCUCAUUGAGAUGCACCUUACCAAAUGGAGAGAAAGUUCACUUAAGACCUGCUAUCUGUGAUAAAGCCAGGAAGAAACAGCAAGGUAAGGACAAUGGAAAGCCGUGUCCGAAUCGUCAAUGUACCGGUCGUUUAGAAAUCCUUGCCUGCAGAGGGCACUGUGGUUAUCCGGUAACGCAUUUCUGGAGGCAUACAGAGCAUGCCAUAUUUUUUCAAGCCAAAGGAGUUCACGAUCACCCACGGCCCGAAGCCAAAAGUACAAGUGAAGCCAGAAGGUCCCUAGGAAGCGGAAGGAGAGUUCGAGGGCUGGCUGUGCUAUUAGCCAAAGAGGCUGCUUUAGGAAACAAGCUAAUGUCACUGAGAGACCCAAAGCGACCUUGCAAGGAUGUUAAUCAAGUAAUGAGAACAAGCAACACAUCUUUAACCGCCCCGGAGAAAGGCUAUUGUUCGUGUCCACCUUUCGAGUGUGUUUGUAUGUAUCAGCCAUCAAUAUCAACGCCCGUGCAACAUUUUCCAACUUCCCCUCAGACUUACCAACCAGAACCGCAGCAUUUGAAUAGUUAUUGGACGCAAGAACCUGCACAUGCACAAGCGUAUCCUAGUGAAAUGGUAAAUCUGGAAAGUGCUGCCUAUGACUUUAGCAACAUACCUGCUGAUUUGUUCCAACCUGAGGAAAUUUUCCAAUUAGAUCAACCUAUUAAGCCGGAUUACGUGUAUGUUCAAGGAAGCACUGACGUUAGAGGCGGUAUAAACGAUCUAACACGAUCACCCCCAACUCUACUUGACUUGGGAAGUGGAACUAUACAGAGAGGACUAAAGACUGAAGAUUAUUGGCCACAAACCAAUGUUAAUUUCCUAAAUGAUGACUCCAAUACCAGUUCGAACAGUAGAUAUAAUGUUAGUCAAAGUCCUGAUGUUCCUAAAAUACUAAAUAACAAUUCGGUGUGCCCUUUGGAUCAGAAUUUUUAUUCUAAUCAGCCGAAACUGGAUUCGGCAAACUAUAACCAAACAGUUCUACAUUCAAAGCCAUCAUCAAGUGCCGUUUAUGAUGAUGCGUUAAUGGACAUUACGGAAUUCAAAACAGAAAAUCCUCAUUUUGAUUUGCAUAUUUCUGACACAAAACUACCCACAUAUUUCAACAAUUCAGAGAAUUUUCAACAAAACUUUCAGCAUUUUCAAAACCCCCAAAAAGCUAUGAAACCCAACUACCAAGAAUUCGUAGAUUUGAAUCAAUAUAGUGACUAUACAAAUUUUUUGAAUGUAUUUGACAAUAAAGUGAAUCAUCCCAGUGAAAAUUGUAAUGUAUUCAGUGACUUGGACUUUAGAAUUACUAGCUCUAGUUUUAGUGAUAGCUUAGUAGAUUAUAGUGGGCAAAACUAUGAUAAUGUUACCAACCACUAAUGUGAUAUUUUUUUGUAAAUAGAUACCGUUUUGUAUAUAAGGCUCAGUAGGAAGUUCAACUGUAAUUAGUUUCCAACACAAUUGACAAAAUGUUUAAUUUGGACUUUUAUUUAUGAUUUUACACAAAACGCCAUACUUAAACUAUUUUAUUGUAAUGUAAAGUUGUAAAUCUUCAAGAAUUUCUUGAUAUAGUGCCUUAUGUAAUAAGAAUGCUUUCAAUGAUCUUUGUUUUAAUGUAGAAGCGUGAUCAGCGAAUAAUUUUGCUGCAAAUAUACCUAUGUAUAUAAAUACAUACGAUUUAUACAUUU